AAUGUGACUAAUAUUUUAGCCAAAGAUAAACUUUUAUCUAUCUAUCUAUAUUAUCUAAGUUAUCUGGAAAUAUUUUUAGUAUUGAUAAAAUAUUGAGAGAAUCGCGACAGGUUGAAACGCCUAUUAUUUACAAUGAAGUCCCAAAAAUUUCUACAUUUGAUGGUUGUAAUAAUCGUUAUUGCCCUUUGUUCCCAAGAAGUGGAAUGCAGGAGGAAAAUUUUGAUGGGAAGGAAAACCAUCAAUAGAACAUAUCUGAGAGGAAUGGCUGUUCCUGCCUACGUUCUUAUCAUACUGGUCGGUAUAGGUCAAAUAAUUCUCGGCGCGAUUAUGUACAUAGUUUUGAGAAAAGUAAUAAUAUCAAGACCAAUAAGCGGAAGUUAUUCAGUGGCCCCUACAUCAGAACCGUAAACAUGCAAUUUAUCUGUACGUAAAUAGUAUUAAGCUUUCAAUUAUUUUUUGUACUCGUUUCGAUUUAAUAAACAAUUAGAAACAA